UGUUUAAAUGCAUUGCUAAAUUCACUUCCUGGACCUGUGUGUGAGAGGGCUGUGUGUCAGUACACUCACCGACAAGCCCCGGGAAGGUUGUCUGCUCCCAGGGCACACAUACACGCUAAUUUUCAGCCUCUCCUUUUCUUCCUCCUCUCCUGCCUGAUCCUGCCUGGCCCCCAUAGUGAGCUCCAGAACUCUCUUUGCAUGGGACCAGGCUGGAGAGCUUCAGUUUUCUUUGUCCAACCUUCAGCCUUUUGGGGAAAAGCCUCCUCCAGGUUAGAAGAAUGCACAGGUCGAGAACCAUAGGCAAGAUCAAGAAACGCCUCCAAGAGGUCAAGAACCAAUGGAGCCGGCUGACCAAGGUGGAUUUCAGUCACAAUGAAAGUGCCAGGUUGGCCAUGGACGCCCUUCUGGAUGGCGGCCUGGAGUCAUACCAGAAUGCCUUGAGCAAAGAGGGGGAGGUAGACUUCCUGUCCUCUGUGGAAGCCCAGUAUAUUCAGGAGAAUGCCAAGGAGCCCUAUUACUCCAAGGAAGCCCCCGUGGAGGGAGAGCUGGGCCUCAAAGUGAAUGACUCCAGUUCUCUCCAGUCUGGCACCUAUUUCCCCAUGCUAUCUGAGGGCAGUGAGCCGGCCCUGCCACAGAGCUGGAGUGAGGCCCAGAAGCCUUACCUGAAGGAGAAAUCCAGCGCUACCGUGUACUUCCAGACAGACAAGCACAACAAUAUCAGGGACCUCAUCCGCCGAUGCAUCAGCAAGACCAGUCAGGUCCUGGUCAUCCUGAUGGAUGUAUUCACGGAUACGGAGAUCUUCUGUGACGUGCUGGAGGCUGCUAACAAGCGGGGUGUGUUUGUCUGCGUGCUCCUCGAUCAGUGUGGUGUGAAGCUCUUCCGGGAGAUGUGUGACAAGGCUGAAAUCCUGGACAGUCACCUGAAGAACAUUUCAGUCCGAAGCGUGGAAGGAGAAACCUACUGUGCCAAGUCUGGCAAGAAGUUCUCGGGCCAAAUCCAGGAAAAGUUCAUCAUCUCUGAUUGGAGAUAUGUCCUCACUGGAUCAUACAGUUUCUCGUGGCUCUGUGGCCAAGUCCACAGAAACUUCCUCUCCAAGUUUACAGGCCAGGCUGUGGAGCUGUUUGAGGAGGAGUUCCGCCACCUGUACUCUUCCUCUAAACCUGUGAUGGGCCAGCGAUCUCCCGGGCUGGUCAGGCCCCUCCAGCCGAGUGGAGGGUCCAAGCUCCCUCAGGACAGCUUCACUGACAGCAGCUGUCCAUCUAGUGACCACACAACCUCUGACCCCUUCAGCAACCCAUCUACCAGCAGUAAUCCCCAUCACCAGUCUCACACUGUGUCUUCAGGGCCAAGUAGCCCCUCCACUCCAAACCCCCCACUUCCCAGGGUCCAUUCCUUCCAGAAUGGAAGGAAUUAUGUUCCUUGGGCACCUCAGUCUCCCCAGGCCAGCUACCAGCCAAGGCAUUUUGUCACCGACUGCCCUGUGGGCCUCUACAGCAAUCUCAAUGUCUACAGUAGGCCUUGGAGGCUGCGGCUGGAGGAGUUGGGUCUAGGGGUUAGGCUGGCUCCUGGGUGGCCCUUUUCCAAGCUUCACUUGGUGUCUGAAUAGUCCCUUCAAUACCAACCAGGGUGGAGAUUGAGUCCUCCUGUACUCCUGGUGGGACAUUCUUCUUUUGGCCCUACAUUUCCAGGCCUUGGACCCUAUCUGAAAGGCUGAUGGGAUUUUAUAAUGCCUUCAAUGGAGGUAUUAACUCAGGAAAAAAUUCCUGCAGAGAUUUAAUGACUCCCAGACAAAUGCACCUCCAACCCCUUACCCUGCCUUGGCCUGUGGUUCCUGGCAUCGCUUGAUAGCCCCAACUCAGGUGUACUAAGCAUAUUCCAGGCCUCAAUUUGAUUCAACAAACAUUUGUUGAAAACCCCCAGACCCUGAACUUAUCACGGAGGUUGCAAAGACAAAAACAGUGAAAACCACUUCUGGCCUCCCAGGGCUUAUGUUUCCUGGAAGGUUUUAUUUUGUGGAUGGGAGGCAAUAUGCCACUUGAUAAUGGUAGAAUUGUUCUCCUGCCCCUAGCUUCCCUAUGAUUGUCCAAUCUGGAACAUUCAGGAAGAAAAAUGCCCAUGCCAGGAAAUUCAAAGCAUCAUGUAGGAUUCUGGGAGAUCUGAAGUGGCCAACCUAUUGCUGUCAAGAAACAUAAGUCAGGAGCAUGAGGCUGGAGUACCUCUGAGAAACUAGGUUAUAGGUGAGAUAAUUUCGGGUUCAAGGUCCCACAAACUGAAUCCUUAAGCUCUCCUCUCCUGCAAUUCUUGGGAAAUUUCAGCUAUUAACCCUGGCAAAGAGUAUGUGGUCUAGACAAAGGUUUACCAAGGGGUCAGGAGGGACUGGGGUUGAUUUGGGUUAAAAGGUACAUCAGCUUUAGAGGGGUUAACUAGGGGUUGCAAUGGUUACCGGGGAGCUAAGGUGUCAGGGGACCCUAUUAUGCUACCAUGAUUCCUGUAUAAACUAUGCUACAAUGAGAUUCGUGGGAAGGGGGAGAGGGAAAUGUCUCUACACGUGAACCUCUGGAAGUACAUAAAAGGGAGCAUCUAUCCACAUCCUCCAGCAAUGGGCGAGGAACUGACCAUGUGGAAAUGUCACUUUUGGAUGCUCAGGAGCAACUCCUUGGAAAUGACUUCCUUGCUUGCCAAACCUGCCCCAAACCCCAACCCCCUCAACUCAAUUUGUUUGGCCAGUUUGCUCUCAACCAGCAGCCAACAAACAGAUCCCACCACUCAGAGCCUGAAAGCGCUCUGUGCCUUGGUGCCUUUUAUUAGAGACACCUUCCCCGGGGGCAUGGUUCUCCUGAGCCACAACUUCUAGCAAGGUUUACACAAUGUUCCUGCCUCCGUUUUGGGAAAGGCUGAUGAAGGCCCUAACUCUCUUCUGUCCUGCACUUUCUUCUUAUCUUUUCUAACAAUAACAGUAAUUCAAAUGCUGUUGGGUCACUCAAAUAUGGAUGUUUUCCCCAUCAGAGCUGUUGAUCCCUAUCAUCGUAGCUGAUGGAGUGAAAGUGGGAUGUUGGAUUCCACAAAUAUCAUCUUAAUGGGUGCUGGCUCCACUGUCUCUGACAACACAGAAAGGAAAUCAGUGAAGCCCACACUGGGAGUGAUGAUUAGAAAAAGAGACCCUUAAAAGUCACCAAAUUUGAUCCAUCAAGCUUGCUCCUGGGCAUAUAUCUUAAGGUGGUCAAAGACAAGAAAGAAUCUGACAUACAUCAAAAUAUUCAUAGCAACACUGUGUGUGUGUGUGUGUGUGUGUGUGAGAGAGAGAGAGAGAGAGAGAGAGAGAGAGAGGGAGGGAGAGAGAGGGAGAGAGAGAGACAGAGAGAGAGAGAAAGCAAAGAAAGGUUGAGGUGGGGGGAAAUGCCCAUGAGCUGGGAUAAUGACUGUACAAACUGUGGUAUUUUAAUAUAAUGGAAUAUUAUUGUUCUACAAAAAUGGACAAAUACAAAGAUCUCAGAAAAACAAGGGAAGACUUAUAUGAACUGAUGCAGAGUAAAGUAUGCAGAGCCAGAAAAACAAUAUACAUGAUAACUGUAAUACAAAUGAAAACAAGAUCAAAAGACAAUCAAACUCAAAUUAAUUAAAAUGAUCAACUGAGCUCUUGGAGAACACGGUUCCCUCUGUGCCUCAGGAGAGAGGCUCAGACUGUUACCAUGCCUUCAGAAGUGGUUAUUCUGUCUGUCAGGACUCCUUAACAGUUUUACUUCACUUAAAGGGAGGGUUCAGUGGUAGGUUGAAGGUAUAGCAGGAAAUCACUGGGGCAUAAAAAACAAAACACAUCAAUAUAACUUUUUUUUAAUAGAUGUUCAACACAAUCAACUUCACUGAGUUCAGUCCCUCUCUUACUGCCUGCCCUGCACCUCCUUUAUACCCAAACUUCCAGUGGUCCCAGACUACUUUUUCCUAUGAAAACCUAUUAUUCAUCUGCCAUUGACUUGGGCCUCACCUCCAGGCACCCACAAACUAUCUCAAUAUUACUCAAUACUUAGCACAGCUGAAUUCCUGAGGACCACACAAACCUAGUUCCCUAAUCCUGUGGUAGUUACUGAUGGACAGCAGAAAGUCUUAUGUUACCAAGCCCAUACAUAGCUUCCUUAUUCUCAAUUUGCUUCUUCACAGUGGCAGGACUGUCACAUAUAUAGCAGAGAUGAGUCACACACAGAGGCACUCUCCAUUUUCCCUUGAUCCUUGGAGCUGUUUGACAUAGAGAAGUUGUCACUCACGUUCACAGUUUCUUUCUGAAGAUUAUGUGUGAGAAAAACUGCAAGGAGAAACUGUAAAUAUUUCAGACACACAAAUUUAAGCACCAAUAUAAACUUUUUCUGUCUAUAAGAUAUGCUUAAGGAGACUUUAUAAUAAUGCUUUCUCAGGUGAGGAUAUGUAAAAGAACAAUGGUAAACCAUGACCAAGGUCCUGACGAGAAGUGGGGGAGAAAAUUCUCUGUAGGUCCUUUCUUACUUUGGAAGGGAAGUCUAUCCCAGGUCAUUGAAAUGGUUAUCAGAAUUAAAAGGUUUCAUGACUUUUUUUUCAUCAGAUUGACCAAUGAAUGAAUGCUUAAGGCAUUAAGUCUUUAUUACGGGAUGUUUUAACACACAAAGGAAGGUUUGGCUAAUGGUUAUAGCUUAAAUGCAGAAACAUGGAGACAGGUGCUAUAAAGACAGAGUCUUGGGACACUUUAGGCAGCUCCGCAUUGGAGCCAUGACUAACACCCCCAAAGCAUGUCAGCAGCCAGCACCUGUAAACCAAGGCAUAGAAGGGAUCACCAAGGUGCUCGGGGUUUCUAGGGAAUGGGAGGGUCUCCCUUGGAUGUACCUAAUUGGUUUUCCAUUUCUAAUGUAACAAGAAGGGUGCUGCUGGGGACUUACAGAGUCUUGGAUGGUUGUGUUUCUAGAAUAGAAAAGAAGAUUUGGGAGGAAGGAGGGAGGUUUCCCUGGAAGAGGCAGCAUGUUGUAAGACAGGCUAGGCCUCAAAGCCCAGACAGGAACCUUGGAUUAGCAAAUCUUCCCAUCAGUAAGCUGACUAUACCUGGAGACAACUGGGUGUUCAUACCCUCAUUGCCAACAGGAUGGAAUUAAAUUUUAAAAUUACAAUAAAACAGGCCAGGGAAUGAAUUCAUGUUGAGUGUGGGUCUCAUCACUCAAACACUGAGUCUUGGGGUGUGAUGGCAUGGCAGGGGGAAUGGAAAAAAAAUUAAAUAAUUAGAAUAUUCAGCUACCUGUAAGGAACAGUUCUUUGGCACACUUCUUAUCCAGCCUUGCAUCCCUUCCCCAGGCAUCUGCACUAUCAGAGACGUGUUCAUAAAGGGAUCUCUUAGUUUAUAAUCAGCCUUCAUGAGGAGGGUAUCCCUCACACAUACUUGGACCUCAUCUUUGGUCAGUAAUAUCCUUCACCACUCCCUUGACUUAAAGUGACUUGUUACAUUUGCCUCCGUGGUUGAAGAGGAACUCUAGGUCUACAGAGUUUUGUUGGACCUUGUUUCCUUUCAUCCUGCUUUGAUACUGUAAAUCCAUGCAAUAUGUCUUCAGAAUCCUGUGGUCAACCAGGUGGGGGGUGGGGAAGGGAAGACCCUGGAUCAACAUGAAAGCCAUUACUACUGGGUGUCCACUGUCUCCCUCCUCCAAUUGAAACCAAAUUUGAUGGAGACUUCUAAACAGCCACCAAGGAAUUUAAUAGACUCCAUUCCUUCAUGAUAAAGAUGGAGGAGCAGAACCACCAGAGAUUUCCCUAUUUUGUGAGUGGUUUUGCCUAAACUCUUGGAAUUUCCCAGGACUGAAAUCACCUUCUCGGUGAAUAGUGUCAGCAAUCUUACUCCACAGUUGUGGAGUUUGACUGGUCAUUACUGAACUAAAAAGAAUUAUUUUAGCAACCCUUAAAGAGGAUCAAAGGAAGAGUCUGGGGACUCAUUCUCUGAAAAAUACACAUUUCAAAUUUUUUGGGUCCCCAGUCUUACCCAUCAGGGUCGCACUUUGGCCAUGAAAAAAGGCUCUCUGCUAACUGCUGUUACAAUUUAAAAGUGGAACAAGCUUCUCUGGGAGGUAGUGGGUUCCCCUUAAUCGAAUUCCUCAAGCAAAGGCUGGAUGUCUGCUUGUCAAAAGUAUUGUAGAAAGGAUUCUUUGGGGGCAUGGACUGGGCUAGAUGGCCUGUGAGGAUCCUUCCAACUCUGAAAUUCCGUGUAAAUCAGAAAUAGGUAUAAGCCAAUUUGUGAAGGAUGUUACAUACAAGAAUGGAAGAAGAAAGUCAGAGCCUCAGUUCAGCCUUUGAGGUCUGUGACAGGGGCCUCGAAGCCUCAUGUUUCCUCCCUGGAUUUUCAGUUGAACUGCUCCACAUCUAAGGGACAUUGGUAAUUCCAAAAAGAGAGCCAUUAAUCUGACCCUUUGUGAAAUUUACUUUGCUUAUGGUAUCAACAUCUGCCCUGACACACUGGAGUAAGUUUGGGGGUUUAAGGGCUUCAAAAAAGAAGCUGGCCUUCUGUGAAUGCUUAAAGCAGCAAGCCAUUAUUCUUGCACAUUUUUAUUCAUAUAAGAGAAGGCUUGACUUAAGGAAAUACCUGAGGACAAAAACACAGGGGUAGGGGCAACAAGAGAUGAAUACAAAGGCAGCAAGCAAAACCUCCAAAUUGGGGGCAGGAAAAGGAUACCAGGGCACUCCAAAUGGGGCAGCUUGAUGAUGCAGGCUGCUCAAUGACAUAGCUGAGCACCAUGGAUUUUAUAGGGAGGGGCAACAUCUCACUCUAGCACAUCUAACUGAUUUCUCAUCUCUGAGGUCACAAGCAGAGAGGCAGUAGGUAUUGUCAAGGAACACAUGUUUCCAAAGAGGAAUUUUCUAGGCUUAGAAGAUUCCAGAAAAAGGCAGUGAUGUUUCCAGCAACAGGCAGUAGGAUGGUGGUGAUAGUGCCUACAGCAGAGAUAGCUCGCCACAAGGCAGGUCAAACCUCCAAAAAGAGAGGUUUGGGGUAAUUUUACAGGCAUUACCAAACUGGAUGGCCAGAGCUUCACACAUCAAGGAAAUAAACUGCUUGCUGACUGCGUUCUGAACAAGCCCUCUGAAAGCCCUAUACUUUUUUUCCCAGUAUAACUGAGGCACUAGACAUAUAUCUUGUAUCUCUGCUAAAAAACCUCCUGAGUCUUCUAGGUUGGCAGAAUGCCAACAGAGUACAUUUCUGAUGGCUGUUCCUUAAGAAUGGGAUCUAUAAAGUAGAAGACACUCAAAGGCCUUAUUCUUGCCAUUUUUCUAUUAAAUGUCAACAUACUUCUUACUAAGAGGGCUAACGAGUACAGCACUGUUGAACAGGAAGGCAAAUAGAGAAAUACAGUAAGCGGGGGACACUGGGACACCUCACUGGGAGCACAACAUGUAGGAAUAAUCCACAACUUAAUCCUUUCCUUCAUUCAGUCCCUGCCUUUCCAUAACUAAGGAUAUAAAUGGAAAGAGUGGAGAGGGUUCAGAGAGCUGCAGGAAUGGAAUGGGAACAGCUGACAGACAGCUGCUUCUGUAUCUGAAUUAUCUGAAUGACUUGGAAAAGUGGAGAAGGGUGGGUUAUGAGGGUGACAUCAUCAAAUACAUUUACAAGGGCACCUGCACCAAACUGAAGAUGCCUCUCCCUACUAGCUCUUCUAUUUACAGCGGCUGCUGUGAGCAUAUAGCUACCCAGUAGGCUGUUGUAGAGCAGUUAAAAAGGUGACCUCUCAGACUCUGCCCUGGGCAGACCACCCCCCAGCUACUGCCCUCAGCUCUGGGCCCUGCACUUUGAGGCUUCCAUUGAAAAGGGGACAACUAAAAGAGGGAGGGUGAGGUAUUGAAACCACAAUCAUACAAGAAAAGAAUGGUGGAUAUUUAAGCAAAGACUUUAAAGAGUCCAUCUGAGCUUUCCUUCUAGAAAAAAGACUAGACUUAUCCUGCCUGCUCCCAGGUAACAGAAGGAGGACCAGUGGGUAGAAGUUUCAAGGAAGCAAAUUUGGGUUAAAAAUAGGGAACCCCCUAACAAGGGUGGCUUGGCCAAACAUAACUGGGCAUCUUAGGCAGGCAGGAGGGAGACUGGUACAACUAGAGGUCUUCAGGGAGAGAGCUUGGAUAAUUGCUUGUCAGAGAUAUUGGAGAGAGUAUAUGCUUCAGGUGGCAUCAAAGUGGCUCCCUUCUAAGGCUAUGAUUCUAAAAGGGCUGGAAAAGAAGACCUAUUGCUGGGUGGCUGCCCUCCCACUAUGGAAUGUUUUAGGAAGUAGUCCUGAGUAAAUGGGACAAAUAUUGCCCAGAAAAAAUUUCGGUGGGCUGAGAGACACCUUGGGGUGUUCUCUCCCCAGAGCCUCUAGAACAAUGCAGAGUAAUGAAUGUUCAAGAGCCAUAACACCCCAGCACUGAGGGAAAAAGGGCACAUGCCACCAUAGAUAUUAGGAGCCAACAUGGAAUUAAGGAGAGCCAUCUGCUUUGAAGAAGGUAGUUUAACUCCUGUGUGUGAACUGAGGGGGCUAGAAAACCACAUCACAUGAAUGCUUCCAAAAAGAGGCCCCCUCAUCUGGAGCUACAGCUAAGCUGGAAACCCACUGCCAAGACUGAGACUCGGGAGUGCUUUCCAAUGGGCAGUGUUGGAGAACGUGUUCCCUGGCAAAGGGAGCAGGUGCCGUCACCUCGACAGAGCUUCAGAAUGUGAAUAGGCAGGAGAAGGAAAAGGAAGGCUAGCAUAAAGGACCUUCUGGAAAACGAGCAGAGCUGUACUAAGUUGAACUGCAAUGAGGAUCAGCCAACAGCAAUGUCUCCAAAAGCAGCCACGGGCACGGGGACUAAGCAACCUGACCCAGAGCAAAACUGUGAGAGAGAAGGGCUGCUCGCUGUUUGUCCCACUCAAUGUCUCCUGGUUUGCUGAACUCCCGGAUCUUAAGCAAUGCAGACCACCAAACUGCUGGCGAAGGUAUAAG